GUAAAAAGGACAAUUUUAUAAAACUAACAACUGUCUACCUAUGAACAUGUACCAUAAGUUGAUAUUUUUAAUGAUACUGCAACUGUUAGUGAAUUUAUCUGCGACAUUACAUUUUGUUGUACACCCAGACCGAGAUCUCUCAGCGACAGCAAUUAUUACUAAACACGGAUAUCCACUAGAAUUGCACGAAUUGGUGACAGACGAUGGGUACAUUCUCGCAAUGCAUCGAAUUCCAAGAGGUAGGAAUAAUACGUCCAACGGGUCGAAUAAUAAAUAUCCUGUUUUGUUGGUUCAUGGAACGUGUGGAUGUAUCGAAAAUUUCAUUGUACUCGGUCCAGAAAAAUCUAUUGGGUUCUAUUUGGCUGAUAGAGGAUUCGACAUCUGGUUGCUGAGUACGAGAGGAAGUAGAUAUUCUAGGAAGCACAGAACGUUAAACCCUGACACCGACAAGAGGUUUUGGAAUUUUGGGUGGCACGAAGUUGCAGUUUCAGAUACUCCCACAGCUGUAGACUACAUUUUGAAAACGACUAAUACCAAUAAAUUAUUCUAUAUAGGGCAUUCUCAGGGCUCAACAUCCUAUUUUGCGUUUGCAUCUGAGCGACCAGAGUACAAUAGUAAAAUUUAUGUUGCUGUUACCAUGGCGCCCUCUUGUCUUUUGGGCGAUGUCCGAAACGUUGCUAAGAUAUUGGGUAAACACACUUCUCUAAUACAGGAAUUGACAAAUUUUUUUAAUAUAUAUGAACUUUUCCCAAAUGGAUAUACUGAGUGGAUUAAUGAUGUUGCUAAAACAUUAUGUUCCGAAAUGACGUUCUUUAUAGAUAUUUGUUAUGCUGUACUAUACUUUGGACUAAUCGAAGGAGAUAUGGCGCAGACAUCACCUCAGCUUCUCUUCAACACCUCACCUGCACACUGUUCAAUAAAACAGCUUCUACAUUACUUCCAAUUAAUAUAUACAGGAUUAUUCAGGAAAUAUGAUUAUGGCGCUCAAGGAAACUUACAAAUGUAUGGAACAGAAUUUCCUCCUCUAUACAGUUUUUCAAACAUGACAGCCCCUAUAGCUCUCUUUUAUGCUCUGGCAGAUAACAUUUGUCCAAAAGAGGGAGUACGACAAUUGGCCAAGUCAUUGCCUAACGCGGUGUUGUAUCCGGUAACAUCUGGGAAAUUUGGACACAUAGAUUUCAUCCUCGGAAAAAGGGCUCCAAGACUUGUAUACGAACGUGUAUAUCAAUUAUUUAUGAGAUAUUUGUUUUAUGAACAAACUGAAGAAGCAACUGACAAAUAUCAACAUGGAAUCUUCCGAGAAGAAUGUCCUGGUGUCAGCAAAUCAGCAAUCGUUAUGCUAAGGUUCAGAUUCCCAGGCGCCAAAGAACAUCCAAUUUUCCGCAGUUUCAACAAUAACAUCUGUAACUGGAAGUCACUCGUGAACUGUAACAGGAUACCAAGACGGGUGCAAGGACAGACCACAAGCGAAACCAUGGCUUCACCAGUUGAUUUUCUAGUAUACAUCGCACUUGUAUUGGUUUUGAAUUUUGGACUUAUUAGUGGAAUACAAGUGGUGCAAACGACGACUACCAUAUCUACAUUUUCGAUUACACAACACGUGACAAGCUUCGGAUACCGUAUCGAAAGAUAUGAAAACAUACGAACUGAAGACGGUUACUUAUUGGAAAUGUUCAGAAUUCCAUACGGAAGAAGGGACAUAGAACCCUUAACUCCAAGACCGGCUGUAUUCUUGAUGCACGGCCUACUAACUUCUGCAGAAAGUUGGGUAUUAACUGGACCUGAAAGAGGAUUAGCCUUUUUACUGGCAGAUAGAGGUUACGACGUCUGGUUGGGCAACGCGAGAGGAUCCGUGCACUGCAGAAAACAUAUUUCACUCAACGUUAAGCAACAGGAAUUUUGGCAGUUUAGCUGGCACGAAAUCGGAAUAUUUGACUUACCUGCCCAAAUAGACUUUAUAAUGGAGAAAACUACUGUGACUCAAAUAUCUUACAUAGGGCACUCCCAAGGCACCACUGCUUUCUUCGUCAUGGCUUCAGAAAGACCUUCCUAUAACGCCUACAUCAAUUUGAUGACAGCCAUGGCACCUGUGGCUUUCAUGUCUCACAUUCCCCAUACAGCAGUACAGGUUAUGUCUGUAUUCACACGCGGCAUGACUGUCUCUUCCAAUCUGCUUGGAGGUGGCGAAUUAAUUCCCAACACUCACCUUCUUAAUUUGGCUGGGGCUGCUGUAUGUAAAGAGCACGUAGUACUUCCAGAAAUAUGUGCCAAUAUACUAUUUUUGACUACAGGAUAUGAUUCACGACAACUGGACAGGUCUCUGAUACCUUUAAUAGCGCAGACUACCCCAGCUGGAGCAUCUACGAAACAACUACUUCAUUACUGCCAAGAGAUUCGAUCAGGCCUAUUCAGACAUUAUGAUUAUGGUGUAAUUUAUAACUUGGCACUCUAUGGAUCUCCUGUGCCUCCAAUCUAUAAUUUGUCUAGGAUCACAGCUCCAGUAGCCCUAUACUAUGCCAAAAACGACUGGCUGGUUUCAGUCGAGGACGUGACGAUAUUGAAGAAGGAAUUACCUAAUGUAGCGUCGGACUUUUUAGUUCCAUAUGAAUACUUCAAUCAUCUAGAUUUCCUCUUUGCCAAGAAUGUCGUGAGCAUGUUGUACGUAAAAGUUUUUGAAGUAAUGGAAACAAUUAUAACGUUUUGAUUCGAACCGAAACGAAACCAUAGGUUUAAACUUGUGACUGUUCUAUCCCACGAUGUACUAAAAUAAAAAUAAAUAAUUUGGA